AUGGAAAAGUCCGGUCUUGUUGCGGAAGAUGCCCGAUCAAACAGUUUUGACUCUCCGGUCCUCUUAGGCGCCGAUGCCGACUACAAUGACCCAGCUGCUGCAGUAACCGGGCACCAACGCGCUACAUCCUCCUUUGACGUCUCCUCCAACAGCCAGACUUUCCUCAGCGGCACAGACAGUGGAGCCGAUAGCGAGGGCGAUUCUAGCAGUCAGUCGGGUGUGUGCUAUGCUGAUACAACGAAAUAUCAUAAGAGCUUCCUGACUGGAAUGGAGGAGAACGAAGAUAGAGGCCUGGCUGGAGUUUACCAAAACGGGCUUUUCAAGCAGAUCUUCGAAUUUUAUUUAGAAAAGCAGGCUGGAAUGCAUACAAUGUGGCUACUCGCCGGUUCCAACAUACAUGUACUUUUUCAUGCAGACUUUUCAGAAAUGAACCCGCUAGAGAAUGCAGUGGACAGUUGGGUCUAA